AUGAGCGGCAUGGUCCAGGGAAUCUCUGUGUCGGCUUCGGUCUUCACUCUGGUGGCUAUUGCGGUGGACAGGUUUCGAUGCAUCGUCUACCCCUUCAAGCAGAAGCUGACCAUCUCCACGGCGACGCUGAUCAUCCUCAUCAUCUGGGUGCUGGCCGUCUCCAUCAUGUGUCCGUCCGGCAUCAUGCUGCAAGUGACCAAAGAGCAUACCAUCCGCGUCCUGCUGGGCUACGACAACAAGACCAGCCCCUUCUACUGGUGCCGCGAGAACUGGCCCAACCAAGAGAUGCGCAAAGUCUACACCACGGUCUUAUUCGCCAACAUCUACCUAGCCCCACUUUCGCUAAUCGUCGUCAUGUACGCGCGGAUCGGCAUCACGCUUUUCAAGACUUCGGUGCCCACGGGAGGCAAGCCGGGCCACGAUAACCGUCACACCGUGUCCAAGAAGAAGCAGCGCGUCAUCAAGAUGCUCCUCAUCGUCGCGUUGCUUUUCAUCGUCUCGUGGCUGCCGCUCUGGACGCUCAUGAUGCUGAGCGAUUACGCCAGCCUCACCGAGCAGCAGUACCGCAUCAUCAACAUAUACAUUUACCCGUUCGCGCACUGGCUGGCCUUCUUCAACAGUAGCGUCAACCCCAUCAUCUACGGCUUUUUCAACGAGAAUUUUCGCCGAGGUUUUCGGUCGGUGUUUAAGUUUAGCUUGUGCACAGCCAACGGGCAGAGGAGGAAAACAUACUCGCACAGGUUGCAAGGGAACUCGGUGCUACCCGCCAACCACGUGCCGACCUCUCUGGAGCCUAUUUCGCUCAACAGUCUGGAUAAUAAUAAGGCCAGUUCACGGAGAGUGAGCCAUGUGGUGGAGCAGGACUUGGUGAUGGAGGACCUUGAGAAGGGCUCGUGCAGCAGUGGAGGCGUGACGGCCGUGUCGAUAUGA